GCUUUUCACCCAGUAACACUGCGGCUCAUGUCCGGGCUUGAAACUACAUUUCAGAGCAGCUCGGCUUUUGUUCGCGACUUACUUUAAGUCCAGGAAAGACGGAGGAGCCGUAUUCAUGCACUUACACCGAGGAAAAUGAUCAUCUGUGCGCAAAAUAUGGAUUAUCGCUUUGGAUCCCAGCGUGUCCGGAGUCAGGUGAUGAAGGUGAGCUCUGAUAAGGACAGUUCCUCUCCGUUGUGCAUGAAGGCUCUGGCCAGCAGGGGGCACCUGGAUACAGUCUCGCAGCAAAUGGCCUCCCAUCCGCAGUAUUUAGAGAGUUUCCUGCGCACGCAGCACUACAUCCUUAACAUGGACGGCCCUCUGCCCCAUCACUACCGCCACUACAUAGCCAUCAUGGCUGCAGCACGGCAUCACUGCAGCUACCUUGUUUCUCUGCACUCGGCUGUGUUCCUGCGAGUGGGUGGAGACCCGGUGUGGCUGCAAGGCCUGGAGUGCGCGCCAGCUCGCCUCCAGCAGCUCGACCACAUAAACAAAGUGCUCGCUCACCAGCCCUGGCUCACUGCUCGCUCCCACAUUCAGGCUUUGCUGAAGUCAGGUGAACAGUGCUGGUCUCUGGCUGAGCUGGUCCAGGCUGUAGUUCUGCUCGCUCACUGCCAUGCACUCUGCAGCUUCGUGUUUGGCUCUGAACAGGACACACAACCCGGCCCGAGAGCGCCACACGGAACGCCCCCAGGCUACUGUCUCUGCGAUGCUGCCAAUGGCAACGCCACCUUCCCACCUCGCAGGAGGUCUCUAGAUUCAAGCUGUGACCUGGUGUGCCUACGAGAAGGAAUCCACAAGUCACAGGAGGAGAAGGAGAGAAAAGGACACCCAGGUCUUCAGUCUUACGCCCUCCUGCAUAUAGACAUGGACGAGGAGGAAGAAGAAGAGAUGAUGUGUUCGACAGAUCCCUCCCGCUUUGUCAAGGAUCCAGAUUUCGGCUACCAGGAAUUUGCCCGGCAGGAGGAAGACCAUUUCCAAGUAUUGCGGGUGCAGGACUACUCAUGGGAGGACCACGGAUUCUCUUUGGUAAAUCGCCUCUACUCCGACAUCGGGCACCUGCUAGAUGAGCGGUUCCGCAGUGUGGCCUCAUUACCAUCCCCUCGCAAUCCGGACCUCAAGAGAGCCAUCUGGAACUACAUCCAUUGCAGCUAUGGAAUUAGGUAUGAUGAUUAUGACUAUGGAGAAGUGAACCAGCUGCUGGAACGCGGACUGAAGCUUUAUAUUAAGGCUGUGGCCUGCUAUCCCGACUCCACUAAGAACCUUCUUUGCCCUCCGCCUUUAGUUUCUCUCAAAGCUUCAGAAAAGGUACAUGUGAACCUGCUGGUGAUGGAGGCACGGCUGCAGGCUGAGCUUCUCUACGCACUCCGAGCAAUCACUCAGUACAUGAUCGCCUAGGACGGCAAGGCACAUGCAGAGAGAGAGCGAGAGAGAGAGCGAGAGAGAGAGCGAGAGAGAGAGCGAGAGAGAGAGCGAGAGAGAGAGAGCGAGAGAGAGACAGUGUUGCACAGUCAAUUAUGGUACAAAGAAAAAAGACCCGACUCGAGGCAAUGGGGAAAGGAAAUGUGGUAAAACGACGGAGAGGACUUGUGACGAGCAAUAUUUCUUCUCCAUAUCCUUUUUUUUUUUUUUUUAAAUUGUUCAAAGGUUGCUCAAGAGUGACUUUAGGUACUGCUGUGAAGCGUCUUCAAGGCAACACUUGAAGGCAGAAAACAAUCUUUCUGUGUCUCUUUUUUUUUUUGCAUAUUGUUCCCUUCAUUAAUUUCUAUGACCUCGUGUGUGUUUGUUUUUUUUCUACUCUUCAUUUAAUUUUUUUUUUCCUUAGAUUGUUCAUGUGCAAUUAUCUUUAUUCUAAUCUUUGUAUUGUUGAGGUUCUUCUAGUUUUGUUGUUUUGCCUGUUGCUCCUCUGUUGACUGACAGUCGGGAAAGGAGAAGAGAAUGUGUCAAUUUCAGUUCUAGAGUAUUGAAUGGUGCAACAAAACCCAGAUGACUCGACUUCUUCUCCUGAAAUCGAAGGCAGUGUUUACUGAAGCUGAGACGAACAGAUGAAUGUUGAAGCUCAACAUGGUUUUUUUUGAAUCUUUCAUUUGAACAUAGGCUCCGAACAAGACUGCAGAAAAUAUAGGAAAAAUGUUACAUGGCUAGAAGUUUGUUUUUAAUGGCACUUUUAAGAUUAAAUUAAAAACAUAUUUAGGCACAAACAUCUACAGCAUCUGACUGACUGUGCUUCAAUUGACUUGGUUUAAAAUACCAGUUGUGCUGCUGGUUUAUCCAGCGUGAAUGUGAAGGGUACAGAGAAAACACACAUUUGUGAUUUGGGAGAAUCUGACAGCACUUUCAAACCAAUUGGUGCAUUUUUUUUUUUUUUUUUUUGUCUUUUAGGAAUUUUACUGCAUAAGUUAGCUUAUGAUCUAGCCUACACACCACCCAAACUACAACAUUUUAGAAAAGGCGUACAUUGAGUUUUAGUGUUGGUUACUUCUAGUCAAAUGAAGGACUUUUUUUUUUCUCUUUUCCUGAUUCAACUGCAAAAUAUUUCAGUGAUACUUUGCCAUCUGUGAUACUUUAUAAUGCGAAGAAGGUCAAAGGUCAGGCCUGCUGUGAUGCUUCCUGUAACUGACCUGCACAACUUGUUUCCUUGCACUGGACUAUUUUGCACAGAACUGCAUAAGUGAUCUGCGUCGUCUCCGAGCAGCUCGAAAACUUAUUGGAACAAAUGACCCGAUGAGGCCUCCGUUCACUGGUACCACGCUGAUGCCAUACUUACUGCAAAUGUUUGGGUUGUGGAAAAGGCCAAGCGUUACUUGCUAGAUAAAGCCAUGAUAGUAUUGAAUUGGUGCAGAAGUGUUGCUCAUGUAGAGGACAGGUGGCAAAGAAAAAUGGGCACCAAUGUUCUUUUUUUUUUUUUAAUUUAUUUUUUUUAAACAUAUUGCAUUACUGUAUCACUAUGGCUAUGUUCAAACGGUGUAGGCUUUUUUUUUUUUUCCUU